UUCCGGGUUUGGGCCUGGCGCUGCGGUAGAGGCGACCGCGGCGGAGACGAGGAAAGCACGCUGUGAGGAGUGGGACUACCGGCAUGGACGUUUCGGGUCAAGAGACCGACUGGCGUAGCGCCGCCUUCCGGCAGAAGCUAGUCAGUCAAAUUGAGGAUGCCAUGAGGAAAGCUGGUGUGGCCCACAGUAAAUCCAGCAAGGAUAUGGAGAGCCAUGUGUUCCUGAAGGCCAAGACUCGGGACGAAUACCUUUCCCUGGUGGCCCGGCUCAUUAUCCAUUUUCGGGACAUUCAUAACAAGAAAUCGCAAGCUUCUGUCAGUGAUCCAAUGAAUGCACUGCAGAGCCUGACUGGUGGACCAGCUGCAGGAGCUGCUGGGAUUGGCAUGCCUCCUCGAGGCCCAGGACAGUCAUUGAGUGGAAUGGGUGGCCUUGGGCCUAUGGGACAGCCAAUGCCCCUCUCAGGGCAGCCACCACCUGGGACCUCGGGAAUGGCUCCUCACAGCAUGGCUGUUGUGUCUACAGCAACUCCACAGACCCAGCUCCAGCUCCAGCAGGUGGCGCUGCAGCAACAACAACAGCAGCAGCAGCAGCAGUUCCAGCAGCAGCAGGCUGCACUACAGCAGCAGCAGCAACAACAGCAGCAACAGUUCCAGGCACAGCAAAGUGCUAUGCAGCAACAGUUCCAAGCAGUAGUGCAGCAGCAACAGCAGCAGCUUCAACAGCAGCAACAGCAGCAGCAACACUUGAUUAAGUUGCAUCAUCAAAAUCAGCAACAGAUACAGCAGCAGCAGCAGCAGUUGCAGAGAAUGGCACAGCUGCAGCAGCAGCAGCAGCAACAGCAGCAAGUGAUGCAGGCCCAGCCUCCAAUACAACAGCCUCCAAUGCAACAGCUGCAGCCUCCUCCUUCCCAAGCCCUCCCACAGCAGCUGCCACAGUUGCAUCACCCACAGCACCACCAGCCUCCGCCACAGACGCAGCAGCCCCAGGUUGCUCAGAACCAACCACAACUCCCGCCACAGUCACAAAGCCAGCCUUUGGUUUCACAGGCUCAAGCUCUCCCUGGACAGAUGUUGUACACUGCUCAGCAGCAGCUGAAAUUUGUCCGAGCUCCGAUGGUGGUUCAGCAGCCGCAGGUGCAGCCCCAGGUGCAACAGGUACAGCCUCAGGUGCAGCAGCCGACAGCAGUGCAGACAGCUCAGGCUGCCCAGAUGGUGGCUCCCGGAGUCCAGAUGAUUGCUGAAGCCUUGGCCCAAGGUGGGACGCACGUAAGAGCCCGGUUCCCGCCCACCUCCACCAUGUCUGCCAUCCCGUCGAACUCCAUCUCUUUGGGCGGACAGCCCACAGCACAGGUCAGCCAGAGUGGCCUCACCAUGCUGUCCUCGCCGUCGCCAGGCCAGCAGGUACAGACCCCACAGUCAAUGCCUCCUCCUCCCCAGCCGUCCCCACAGCCUGGCUCACAGCCCAACUCCAACGUCAGCUCUGGCCCUGCCCAGUCUCCCAGCAGCUUCCUGCCUAGCCCCUCCCCACAGCCUUCACAGAGCCCAGUGACAGCCCGUACCCCGCAAAACUUCAGUGUCCCCUCGCCUGGACCUUUAAAUACCCCUGUGAACCCCAGCUCUGUCAUGAGCCCUGCAGGCUCCAGCCAGGCUGAGGAGCAACAGUACCUGGACAAGCUGAAGCAGCUGUCCAAGUACAUUGAGCCCUUACGCCGCAUGAUCAACAAGAUCGACAAGAAUGAAGACAGAAAAAAAGACCUGAGUAAGAUGAAGAGCCUUCUGGACAUUCUGACCGACCCCUCUAAGCGGUGUCCCCUAAAAACCCUGCAGAAGUGUGAGAUUGCCCUGGAGAAACUCAAGAAUGAUAUGGCAGUGCCCACCCCCCCACCCCCACCAGUGCUACCAACCAAGCAACAGGACCUGUGCCAGCCACUCCUGGAUGCUGUCCUGGCCAACAUCCGCUCGCCUGUCUUCAACCAUUCCCUGUACCGCACAUUUGUGCCUGCCAUGACAGCUAUCCACGGCCCACCCAUCACGGCUCCCAUGGUAUGCUCCCGGAAGCGAAAGCUUGAGGAGGAUGAGCGCCAGAGCAUCCCCAACGUGCUCCAGGGGGAGGUGGCCAGGUUAGACCCCAAAUUCCUGGUGAACCUGGACCCUUCCCACUGCAGUAACAACGGCACUGUCCAUCUGAUCUGCAGGCUGGAUGACAAGGACCUCCCGACUGUGCCACCGCUGGAGCUCAGUGUGCCCGCUGACUACCCUGCCCAGAGCCCCUUGUGGAUCGACCGGCAGUGGCAGUAUGAUGCCAACCCCUUUCUGCAAUCAGUGCACCAGUGCAUGACCUCCAGACUGCUGCAGCUGCCCGACAAGCACUCAGUCACGGCCCUGCUCAACACCUGGGCACAGAGCAUCCACCAGGCCUGCCUCUCAGCUGCCUAGCCAGGAACUUGAGGACUGCCUGCAGCCUUGUUGGGCUGCAGGCCCACACCGCCUCUUGAACAUUUCUAGGUGUUGGCUUCCUUAGAGCCUGGGGUUAAGUUAGCUUUCCUACUUUUAUCUCCUGCCUUGGGGACCUACCAGACAUUUCCCCAUACUUGUGCAGCACAGGGCCAGGUGACUGGAGCUGGCUGCCCAGGGAGUGAGGGUCCUCCUAGAGAAAGUUCUCCCUGUGUUCUCUCCAGGUUCUGUCUACUCAGCAGCAUGAGGGAGAGCUCAGGGCCUCGUCCAAGCAUCAUGUGCUAGAAUACAUUGUACUUGUUUUUGUAUAGGCGACUGUGGAAGACACAAGAAAAUCCUAGGACAACUUUGCUCAGUGUUGGGUUCGUACUAUGCCACUUGUGGCAUGUGGACCACAUACAGCGACACUCCUAGAUAGAGGACAUGGGGUCCUGUCUGGAGGGCCCCACAGUGAGGGACUGUCACCCAGCUAUGCCUCAGACCUCAUGGGCCUCCUGCUUAGCGCUGUGAGGGAACAGGGGUGUCUGAGAGCCUGAUCCCUCUGUCACUUGGGUGAGGGUGCUGUGACCUGUUGUUGGGCCCCAGUAUCCUCAGAACACCUACUUUCCAUGCCAACCCCCAGAAAAUCUGGGCUUCCUUGAGGAUUUGCCCCCCUGGGUCACUUGCCACACUGGGCAGCACCAGCAGCCCUCUGGUGGCAAGUUUUCCCUUUUUAUAUGUGCACUACUCUGUCAUAUGUGGUUCUUAAAAUAAAUUUAUUAUUCCUG